UUCAAAAAAGGCAAGAAGGAAGACCCAGGCAAUUAUAGGCCAGUCAGCCUCACCUCUGUCCCUGGAAAGGUGAUGGAACAGCUGUGCUGGAUGUCAUCUCCAGACAACUGGAAGAAGAGGAGGUUAUCAGGAGUAGUCAGCAUGGGUUCACAAGGGGGAGGUCAUGCUUGACCAACCUGGUAGCCUCCUAUGAUGCUGUCUCUGGCUGGGUGGAUGGGGGGAGAGCAGUGGAUGUAGUCUACCUUGAUUUCAGCAAGGCAUUUGAUACUGUCCCCCACAACAUCCUUAUAACAAAGCUGAGGAAGUGUAGGAUAGAUGAGUGGACAGUGAGGUAGGUUGAGAACUGGCUGACUGGCAGAGCACAGAGGGUCGUUGUUGGUGGUGCAGAGGUGUAACCAGCGGUGUUCCUCAGGGAUCUGUGCUGGGUCCGGUCUUGUUCAACAUCUUCAUCAAUGACCUUGAUGAGGGGAUAAUGGCCACCCUCAGCAAGUUUGCUGAUGAUACGAAGCUGGGAGGAUUGGCUGACACGCCUGAAGGCCGUGCUGCCAUUCAGCAAGACCUGGAUAGGCUGGAGAGCUGGGCAGAAAAAAACCAGAUGAGGUUUAACAAAAGCAAGUGUAGAGUCUUGCAUCUGGGGAGGAAUAAUUCCAUGCACCAGUACAGGUUGGGGGAUGAGCUGCUGGAGGAGAGCUCUGCGGAGAGGGACCUGGGUGUCCUGGUGGAUGACAGGUUGGCCAUGAGCCAGCAGUGUGCCCUUGUGGCCAAGAGGGCCAAUGGCAUCCUGGGGUGCAUUAAAAAGAGCGUGGCCAGCAGGUCGAAGGAGGUGAUCCUCCCCCUCUACUCUGCCCUGGUAAGACCUCAUCUGGAGUACUGCGUCCAGUUCUGGGCUCCCCAGUACAAAAAAGACAGGGAUCUCUUGGAAAGAGUCCAGCGGAGGGCCACAAAGAUGGUGAAGGGCCUGGAGCAUCUCCCCUAUGGAGAAAGGCUGAGUGAACUGGGUCUGUUCAGCCUUGAGAAAAGGAGACUGAGAGGGGACCUGAUCCAGGUCUAUAAAUAUCUAAGGUGUGGGGGGCAGAAUGGCGAGGCCGGACUCUUUUCAGUGGUGAAUGGAGACAGGACAAGGGGAAACGGUCGGAAACUGGAGCAUAGGAAGUUCUGCACAAAUGUGCGCAAGAACUUCUUUACAGUGAGGUGAUGGAGCACUGGAACAGGCUGCCCAGGGAGGUGGUGGAGUCUCCUUCUCUGGAGAUGUUCAAGACCUGCCUGGAUGCCUACCUGUGCGACCUGCUGUAGGGAACCUGCUUUGGCAGGGGGGUUGGACUCGAUGAUCUCUGGA